AUGGCCCCAUACAUCCCCUUCGUUCCGACCGAAGCAUUCGCUAUCGCCACGGAAGAAGAGUGGCGCAAUGCAAUCUUCCAGAACGUGAACGUCUCUGACAAACAAGCAGUUCUACUGCAAACGGUUACUGCGAAUGCUGCAGAAUCGACCACUGGACGAGUCAGAGACUGGAUUGGUCGCCUGACCUUAGAAAUAAGCAGGCACUACGACGGAUACCUUCAAAGCCUCCUUCGAGAGGUUGAAUCCCUGCAUAUCACGGUCCAGAAUCAGCAGGCACUAGUCGAUUCCUACAAGCGACAAGUCAAUGCGCUACCUGCGUCAAUGGGUAGUGGUCAUUCCUGUCAACCUAAGAUUGGGGAGCCUCCGGCCUUCAAGGGCAGUGAGGAUAAGACCAAGCUUGAGGAAUGGCUGGACCUGAUCGUACUGUGGUGCGAGCAUGAGGGAGUGGCCACCGACAAACAGCGAAUCGUCACGGCCCUCUCGAAGCUGCAAGGACCAGCUCAUCAGUACAUGAAGAGCUAUUACGUGAAAAUGUGGGAAGGAAAGGAUCUGGGCACCUGGAAGGCAUUUGUGGCGGAACUAGCCCAGAUAUACGGGCAACGCGACGACAAGGAGGGUGCAAAGAAGGAGAUCAUGGCGCUGUUCAUCAAUAAGGAUCUGGCCUCAAAGGACUUCGUGAAGUACGCUGAGAGGUUCCGCACCCUCGGACGUCUCACGGAGUAUGACGAUAGUCUCCUCAUCGACAAACUCCGGGAGGUUAUACCUCGUGACAUGCGGUUGGUGUUGGCCGGAAAGGAUGAGUCCACCUUGCCAAAGGAUUGGACGUUGUUCCUCGACAUCUUGCUCAACAUCAACAAGAUCGUCAACCCGGAGAAGGCACGAGGCUCAGUAUUCAAAAACAGUGGCUCAGAUAACGGCGGCGCUGUUCCCAUGGACAUUGAUUCGGCUGAAAAGUCGAAAUCAAAGGGUAAAGGCAAAGGCAAGGCAAAGGACGCUGAGGCCGCCUCGACAGAGGCAAAGAAGUAUUGCGUCAUCUGCAAGUCGAAGACUCAUAACACAGAUGAUUGCUACAAGUUGGCCAAAAAUGCGGACAAGCGGCCGAAUACCCAAGGGGAUGGCGCUAGGAAGGCGCAAGGAGGAAGUGGUAACCCCGCGGCCAAGAAGGCUAAGAAAACGCGGGUUAUUCAAGUCGAGCUUACAGAUAGCGAGGACGACACGCCCCCAUCCACGAAAGCCGUGAGCGCCAACACUGCGAGAAUCGAGGAGAUUGCAAAUGUCGAGGAAUUGACUCUGGCUGGGAAGAAUGAACCCCAGCUGUCUGCAAAGACAGAACCCACCGCAGCUACCUCGGAUUUUUGGAAGAAGGUCGUUAUAUACUACGAUAGGGGCCUCGGGCCCCUGGCUACUCGCGCGCCCGAGCUUGCGAGCUCGUUCCUGAUCGCGCGGGUCAGCGCGUUUCAACACACUCCCUCGAGCGAAGCAAGCGAGGGCUUGCACACACUCCCUGCUUCUCGGCACUCCCUCAAACUCGGCAUUCAUCCUCACACCCUCUCGGCGGGUCCACGAUCCAUCCCCAUGUCCGACAUCCGGGACGAUCUUCAUCAACUCCUCGGCAUCAACUUCUCGGCUCCAACUCCUUGGCUCCAGGUUCGAUCGGUGCUCUCGACGAGCGGUUCUUUGGUUCGGCGAUGCUCUCGGCGAGCGGUUCAGGUGCUCUCGGCGAGCAGUUUGGGUACGGCGGUUCAACAGUGCUCUCGGCAAGCAAUUCAGUGGUUCGACGGUUCGGCGGUUCGACAUUCGACGGCGGGGUUCAAUCGGGUCCGCGUCAGGGUUCAGCGAUCGUACGGGUUCGAUCAAGAUGGCUUCGGCCCCAUCCAGGCAAGCGGUUCGGCAGCGACGGCGGCGGGAAUAUUCUGCGGCGCAGCGGCGGCCAGCAGAGCAUCGACAGCGACGGCAUGCGCGCGGGAUCCGGCGACGCAGUGA